AAAAUAAAAACAAAAGAUGUCGAAAAUAAUCUUAUUUGCCUUAAGCGUGACAAUAGCACAAAGCGCUAAAUUGACAAAUACUCCGGAAUAUAGGCAAGUUCAAAAUCCUAUGCACCAAGAUCACAUGCCUAUUCAUCAUCAAGAUCAUGCAAUGAUCAAUAAGCCAGUAGAAAUCCUUCAUCAAGAAUCCGAAAUAAAUCCGGAUGGAUCUUUCCAUAAUGUCUGGGAAUCUGAAAAUGGCAUCAAGGUUCAAGAAGAAGGAACCGUUAGAGAGCUUGCUAAAAAUGUUGUCGCUCAUACAGUAACUGGAAGAAUCGCGUAUACUGAUAAUGAUGAUAAUGUUUUCACGCUGACUUAUGUGGCUGAUGAAAAUGGAUUCCAUCCUGAGGGAUCACAUUUACCGACACCGCCACCAAUUCCUCUAGCAAUUGCAAGGGCACUUGAAUAUAUUGCUGCUCAUCCUACUGAAACGACUUCCGCUCAUAAGGAUGGACCGGUCGUAGAAGCUAAUUAAUCCUUUUACAAUGAUCUGCUUAAUCAAUGGUUAUUUGGAUAUAUUUGUUUUUAGUUAUCAUCAUUAUAUUUUUUUAAAUAAUAAUUUUUGCAAAUU